UCCGGAGCACGAGAGCAACGCGCGGCAGAUGCCUUUAUAUUUGCUCUCAUGCCUCGCGCGGUUGACUCAGAGUGAUUCAACAGAGCACGACAGCAUCAGUUCACUGUCAGCCGCAGAGCUGCAUCGCUAAAGCUUGUACUUGGAAUAUCUUACAAAAGAGCAGAAGCGCGACGCGUCGGCGGAGGAGCCGCGACACACGCCGCUGUCGCGUGGUGCGUGUAAGGGAUUGACUGAUGUUGAAGAGGGUGAGCUGAAAACAGCUAGAAAACACGAUUCUCCUGAGCUUUGGAAAAGACAAACACCUCCACUCAUUGGUCUCCAAAGAAUGGAAAAGAGUCUUCUGCCUGGACCAAAAGACAUUGUGAUGGCCACCCCACCAAGUUCAUUCCAGCAGGAGCCGCUCACGCCUCCAAGAUCCUCGCUUAAGCCCAACCAAGUUGGGCAGGUCAUCCUCUACGGGGUGCCUAUUGUCUCGCUGGUGAUUGACAAUCAAGAGCGCUUAUGCCUGGCUCAGAUAUCCAACACCCUUUUAAAGAACUACAGCUACAAUGAGAUCCACAACCGCCGAGUGGCUCUGGGCAUCACCUGCGUGCAGUGCACCCCGGUCCAGCUGGAGAUCCUCCGGCGGGCGGGCGCCAUGCCCAUCUCCUCCCGUCGCUGCGGCAUGAUCACCAAACGGGAGGCAGAGCGACUGUGCAAGUCUUUCCUCGGUGAGAACUCUCCACCCAAGCUGCCAGACAACUUCGCGUUCGACGUGAUGCAUGAAUGUGCUUGGGGCUGCCGGGGAAAUUUCAUCCCGGCACGCUACAACAGCUCCCGGGCCAAAUGCAUCAAGUGCUCCUACUGUAAUAUGUACUUCUCCCCUAACAAAUUCAUCUUCCACUCGCACCGCACGCCCGAGGCCAAGUACACACAGCCAGACGCCGCCAACUUCAACUCCUGGCGCCGGCACCUUAAACUGGCAGACAAAACGGCACCGGAGGACCUGUUGUUUGCCUGGGAGGACGUAAAAGCCAUGUUCAAUGGAGGAAGUCGCAAGAGGGCGCUUCCGUCCUCUAACUGCUCGGCCAUGGGCUCCGUCAAGGCUGUGAACUCAGUUCUGCCCCACAUGAUUUCUCCAGAUCUGGCCCAGAAGAGAGGCCGGUACGAAGACGAUGAUGAGCUGGACGGCAACAGCCUCUCGCCCCGAAAGGUCCCGCGCAGUUACCCGGUCAUCCCGGUCCCGAGCAAAGGUUUUGGGAUGUUGCAGAAGUUCCCGACGACGUCGCUAUUCCCCAGCCCCUACACCUUCCCUGCCUUCGGCCUGUGCCCGCAGAAGAAGGACGACAGCGAGGUGACCAACGGACAGAAAAACAGCGGCCUCUCAGGGCUUCUUUGGCCCGGCCGAAAGGAUGCUUUUUAUCCUCCCUUCUGCAUGUUUUGGCCCCCGAGGGCAACUGGGGGUAUCCCGGUGCCCACUUACCUCCAGCCCCAACCCAAUGCCCUUUCCUCGCUCACAGAGAGCCCGUCCCUCAGACAAGCCUUUUUGGAUCUGUCUGAACAAGGCGAUGCCGGUUCGGGUCUGGAAACAAACCCUAGAUCCGGGCUGUUUGAGAGCGACUGCCCGCCCGUGACCUCUGACCUCCGCCCCACCCCAGAGGGCUGGCUGAAACUCCUAGACGCCCCCUCGCUGCAAGCCCGCAAAGCCAGUUACCACUCUGCCUUCCGGCCGGUGGUCAAAGAUGCGGAGAGCAUCGCCAAGCUCCACGGCAGCCUGGAGGACUUCGGACCGGAGCGGCACCUUUCUCCUGGCACCAGCUGCAGCUACGACAGCGGAGAGAGCGACGAGGAGCAGGAAGUGGACGUGGAGACCAAACAGGACGAGGAGCAGGAGGACUUCGGCAGCCGAGCUGCGCAGACGCCCCUGCACAUGCGUGGGCUUCCCGACAGCAGCGCAGGGGAACCACAGCAGGCCAAAGAACCGCCCUCCUUCCCGAGCACUCCCGCCGAGACCUCGGCAGAGGACAAACCUGGCCUCGCUGUCAGUCCGCCCACCAUCCUCAAAGUCCCCAGCCCCGUUCACGGCUCGCUGGAGGAAAGCAGCGCGUACAGAAAUGCUCACAAGAGCAGAGACGAUGGGCUGCCAGCAUAUGCAAGCAAAAACAAAACCACCAUCUCAGAUGACAGCAAAGAGCAGAGCGGCUUUUUUGUCCCGGAGACAGAAACGUCGGCGCCCGAAUACUGGCGGGAGAAUCCAACAGACCAAAGUCAAGACACAAACACUCCCGUAUCGCUCAAGAAGGAUGUUGAGAACAUGGAAAAAGAGGAACUCCAGAAAGUUCUCCUUGAACAGAUAGAUUUACGGAGGAGACUGGAGCAGGAGUUUCACGCUCUGAAAGGCAGCUCUCCAUUUCCAGUUUUCCAUAACUUUCAGGACCAAAUGAAGAGAGAACUGGCUUACAGGGAAGAAAUGGUGCAGCAGUUACAGAUGAUUCCCUAUGCAAACAUCAUUAGAAAAGAAAAGGUUGGGACACAUCUAAACAAAAGCUAAAUGGUCAAUUCGUUUUUUUGAAAUAAAACCAAGCUGCUCUCAACAUCUUUUGACACAAAGAGGUUAAAUCAUCCCCAUCUCUGAGGAAUCAUCAAGCACAACGAAAGCAGCCUCUUGACCGGAUCAAAUGUUGAACGCUGCCCUUGACAGAUCGCCUCAGAUCGAUGUCCAUCUCUCAAUCAAACCCAAAGGCAUCAGUGUACUGACUGAUACACAGUACGGUUCAAUGCAUCUACCAAUGAUUUAGAGUUCAUUCGACGUAUUUCCUGUACAGUAACCCCACUUUGAUUAUUUAUGAACUUAUUUAAGUUUAUUUAUUACCCAUGCAUUCACUUGUUUAUUGAUAACAGCAAACUGUACAAUGAUAUUAGCUCUAGGUUGUAAAUGUACAAAAGGAGGUUGUGGAGGGACCGGGUUGCUCUGUAGGCUACUGUGGCUGAAGUCUAAGAGCAAUCUGAAAGCGUGUAAACUUUUCAUGUUUUGCCUGUUUAAAUACAACAUUGACAUAAACACAAGUUUAAAAAUGUUAUUAUUAACUGUUCAUGCAAAUGUAUUUAAAUAUGUUCUUGUAGUUUCUCUACUAUUUAU